UUCUCCAGCUUUCCUCUGGAAUUACAGGAGCGGAGCAAACCUGCUGAGUUGGCAUUUAUGCUCAGAGGGUGGAGGGGGAAAUCGCUUUGCUCACCCCGGCCACCCAGGCCCGAGCCAAGUCUAGCUAGAGAAGACGCCUGGAAGGCCUCUGGCUUAGCUGCAUGGGGAAUUGAGGGCAAAGGGUACCCUGCAACAGCACAGCAUCUCGGCCCCAGGCCCCUCACGCAAGGCCCACCACAGAUGGCGUGACGAGAUAGCCCAGGGCUGGCUACAAAGAGCCACGUACACAUCUGGCUCGAGAGAAGAGUUGGUGGCGUGGGCUUUCCCCAGCGAGGUCAUGUUCCAGAGCGUUUCCGGCUGGAGACGCCCUUUCUGGAGAAGAUUUCAGGCAGAGGACGUGACCCGUGCACCAGAGAGGGGACCGGUCUGUGCCCCCGCCAGAGAGGGAACCAAAACAGGGAAGAGACAGAUCCCUACCCGAGCCAGCAGGAGGCGCUGUCACUAUGGUAAUGAUUCAGCUACGAGCUCGCGUGGCCUUCCUUGUGCUCCCUCUGUUUGUAUUUGGGGCACCUACCGAUGAGCCUGACCCCAAAGAAGCAACAACCCUCCCAAAUGGCUGCAGACGCUGCUGCGACCCACUGGAUUCCCAUGGCUCCUCAGAGGUCACCCCCGGCCCUGCCGGACGCCAUUCGUCACUGUACCCAAUGCCGGAGGUGCGUCCAUACAUCAACAUCACCAUACUGAAGGGAGACAAAGGAGAUCGGGGGGAGCCUGGGACUCCAGGCAAAUGGGGCAAAGAGGGGCCACCAGGCGAGCGGGGCCCCCAGGGUCAGAAAGGCAGCAAGGGGCAGAUGGGUGCCCCGGGGGAUCCGUGCAAGCACCAGUAUGCCGCUUUCUCGGUGGGCCGCAAGAAGGCACUGCACAGCAGCGAGGGCUACCAGGCCCUGAUCUUCGACACCGUCUUUGUCAACCUCUAUGGCCACUUCGACAUGUUCAAGGGCAAGUUCUACUGCUACACGGCCGGCCUCUACUACUUCAGCCUAAACGUCCACACCUGGAACUUCAAGGAGACCUACAUGCACGUCAUGCACAACGACCAGGAGCAGGUCAUCCUGUACGCCCAGCCCAGCGACCGCAGUAUCAUGCAGAGCCAGAGCCUCAUGCUGGAGCUGCGGGAGAACGACGAGGUCUGGGUGCGCCUCUACAAGCGGGAGCGAGAGAACGCCAUCUACAGCGAUGAUGUGGACAUCUACAUCACCUUCAGCGGCUACUUGAUCAAGCCCAGCCUGGAAUGACUGCGCUCCUCCCUCUCUGUCCUUCUCUCUCUCUCUCUCUUUCUCUUUUCACUGCCCGCAGUCGCUGCAAACCACAAAGGAGGAAAUGGACUGGGGGCUCCCUGGGCGGGUCAUGGGAUGGGAGGGCACUAGGGAGCCUGAAAGAAAACACCAGCUAGCCAAAUCAGGGCCAUCCUCAUUCAAAGUGUGUCAUUGACUUCCAGGUAAGCCCCAUUCACCUUGAAUAGGGGGUGCCUCAGGUCACCCCUGGUCUUGCUAGGCCAUGUGAGCCUUCCCACAGCCUAACUCAGCGGUAGGGACACAGAUAACGAUACAAAGCAAGGGAGUGAUGGUACAGUCCCUGGCUGUGUAGACUGUCGCUCAUCUGGGACAUAGAGGACCGGAUCCUCCGCUGGUGUAAAUCGGUGUCGCUCCACUGAAGUCAACAGAGUUAUACCCAGGCACACCUGCUGUGGAUCUGGCCCUAAGUAUUGAAAGAGAGCGAGACCCUGUCGGCCAUCAGCAAAGCUCUCCUCCAAGCCUCCCGUGGGAUGCUCUCCAGUCUCAACUCCCGUGGUAGGUGCAAAGCCAUCCCAGCUUUGGACUGUUCCUUUUCUGGAGGCUGAAACAGACCUGAUUCUGCUCCCCCACCAGAUUUACACCAGUGUAACUAUCAACUUCUGCAGAGUUCCCCCUACUGCAUGCUGGUGUGAGAAGAGAAUCAGGCACUGGAUUCCACUGCCACAGUCCCAUGGGUGUGUCUGGAACAGCUGUGCUAGGAGACAAUCAUUCCUUUAAAAUCCCACCUCCAAUCCAUUUGAAAACACAAUAGGGAGGGACUGGCUGAGUCUGGUGGUAGGUUACACCUUUUACUACUAAUGCACAGGGUCAGCUUCUGUCCAGUAUCUCCCUGAUACUCCAAUGGAAGAGGGAUAGCCAGUGGUUGCUUCGUAACCUGUACCAGGUGAAUUGGGCAUCUCAGUCCUGCUCCCAGUGAACAGGUGUCCACAUCAUUAAAACGUCCCCACUGCUGACUCUGUCUCCUUUGCUGGUGAUCUCAGUGGAGAAGCCAUGGAGACUGAAAUACACUCCCACCCCUUGCAGUCAGGGGUGAGACACGUUGGCAGGGCUGCACGGCAAAGCUUGUGCUGCCACUGCCUGGGCGUGACCGCCGGGGUUUUCAGUGGCCCUCAGCGCUGACCUAGCUCUGCUUCCACUGACAUCAAAGGGAGCUUUGCCACUGGCUUCACUGGCAGCUGAAUCAGCUCUGAGUGCUUUUGCAAACCCCUCCCUACGUGUCCUGAGGACACAGUAAAGACGAGCUGCCAGGCUGUCACUGGGUCCGUUUUCGACAGGACUAAACUCACACCGGAAAGACAUCAGAGGGAAAGAAAGGAGAGGUGAACACGAGAGCACUGCAGGCCAGUCUCUCUCUUGUUCAUAUUGCUGCCCCUGAUUUACUCAGGAUGAGGAGCGGAGGGGAAAGGAUGAGUCCCAGGCUCUUCCCCACCUGACCCUCAGAUCAGCUUGCAUUAGCAUAACUGGUAUGAAAAGCAGGGUCCCUCCAAGGAAGGUUGGUUGGUCCUAAUCAGGGGCCCCAUGCGUCUGAUGGAAUGCCAGGGUGUGAGGAACAUGGAGACUGGAAUUCCCCUCUCCCGGCCCAGUGGAGUGUGGAAAGGCUCCAGAGUCGGGCUUGGGGGAGUCGUGAGGGAGCCGCAUGCUGGGGGUGAGGUUUAGGAGUGAAGGAACUAGCAAUUGAAUUCCUCUCCCUCUCUUUUUAGAAGCCACAGACUGCCAACCCAGCUGUUGUGUAUUUACAGUGUGUGGUGUCCCUGUGUCUCCCCAGAGAGGAGCAGGAAUCUCUAAUGCUGAAUAACUUCCAGACCUGAGCUCUGAAUUCCCUCCCUUUCCAAUGUCACUGUUUACUUCUGCAGGGCCAGGGCCAGCUUGGGGGCUCAAACACUCCAAAAUGGCAGCUGGUUGGUGCUUAAAAUGCAUUGGUGGGGAGGGGAGGGAGAAUGUGUGUUUCAUGGGCCAGCUUCAGCCCCUUGGUGCUAAAUAAGAUGGCAGCCCCUUGGUGCUAAACCAGGUUUCAAGAGAGUCACUGGUGCUUACUGGGAGGGGUGUCAGGGUAGCAGAGACACAAAGUACUGUGGAAUUAAUGGUGCUUUACAUUACAGAAAACUACCAAGAACUUUUGUAUAUAUGUUUUCAGUUUUAUUAAAACUUUUUUUUGCACUUUGA